AUGCUUCUAGACGCUAUGCGCUGCUCAACUACGGCAGCAAUCCUCGUGCUCGGUCCCGCUAUCGCCUACGCAUUGCCUGUCCCUUCUCUCCAGACCCGCAACGCCAAUGCCUCCACUGAAGAAUUCUCAGUGGUCUGGUGGCGAGAUGCCCAAGGUGUUUCCGUCAAAUUUGAGGCGUCUUGCUCAGGAUGUUCCUCAGGCAGCUACCACGAUUGGCCCUUUGAGCUGAGUGUCAGAGAGGCCAAGGGGGCAUGCGGAGAUGCCAUUUUAUUCCUCAAUGGGAAAGAGCUGCCUGUUCAUUGGGAUGGGAAUCAAGGUUCGGGCUCUGGCAUGAUUCCAAGUGCUCCUUCUCAAGAUGCAGCAACUUCUGAAAGGUCGGCGAAUUGGCGCAGUGUCUGCUUGGAAGCGCCGUCCGACGCUCCCACAGGGCACACAGCUCAGGUCUUGACCCUGACGCUUGACAAUGUCGAAGAGCUUGCUGUCCAAGACCGGGUAGGCUUUACGGUUUCGUUCACGAAUGCCGAACAGCCGGAAAUCCUUCGACUGUCCACAUUCGUCGUAGACAUACCAGACGAUAAGUUGGCACUCGAAGCAUGGCGAGAUCCGCCUACAACCGAGCGCUUCGACACUCAGGACUCCGUUCACAAGCUUGAGCCGGACACGCUUGAGGAUCGAAUCGAACGGGAGCUCCAGAAGUUGCAGGAUCUCCGGUCUGAGGCCCGUGAGCUGCGACAUGCGAUCAGGGUCCAGGAAGAGAAGAUCCGCAGCCUGUUGAGAGAGGACUGCCAGUCUCUGUCCUCCAAAUGGGAACAGUGCAGAGACUUGGGGUGCAUCUUCAAGGUCUCGUUACAGACGGUACCCGAGAUGUUUCGUUCGAUAAGAUAUCGAUUCGGUUCUUUGGAGUCGCAGAAACUUGUCCCGGCAUGUAACUCAGACGAUCGUCCUUCUCCGGCUUCUGGUGCAUCUCUGCAAUCACCUUAUCCCUCCCGAAAUCGUUCAGAAGGAGAGAUCGACAACCCAGGCAUCGGAAUUGAGUCUUCCCGUUAUCUCACGGUUCCAUCUAUCUCCUUGGAGUCUCCAACCAAAGACUUUUUCCGAUCAUGUUUCAUUUUGCUCCUCGUCAUCGUCGUUUCCGCGCUUGCCUUCAAAAUUCUCCGCAAUUCCCCGACUUUUCGGCGUCGUCGGGCUGACCUCGCGGCGAGACGCGAGGAGCGAAGGGCUCGUCGUGCCUACAACAGGGCUGCACGGCGUCUUCGAUGGAGGCAAUGGUGGGAAGGGCGGUCACAUCGCGCCGCACCUAGCACUUCUUCCAGUCACAGUCUCCCUCAGAUUGACCGCACCGAACAGCCCCGUGACGAUCUCCUCCCUGACCCAGAGACCCAGCAAGGCACCAUGCAUGCCGAAAUCUUAGGCUUGAGACGUGUUCUCGAAUUCGUGGGCCAGCUCGUCGGGAAUGAGGACGAUCCAGAUCUCGCUCGUUUUCCCGGACAACCCCCACCUCCUCGUUACGAAGAAAUAAGCGGCAAUCCUCAUGUCGCGUCAGUGGGGAUGAAUUCACCACGAUCAAGCAGCUUGAUGAGUCUAGAAACCACUUCGUCGCUCACUCUGGAAACGCUGGAUACUUUGGAUUCUAGCGCCCCUCCUUCAUACCGCUCGUGA